GUGUUCCACAUUUGCCAGGCUGGAGACCGAAAGGACAGUUUCCUGUGUCCCAAUGGAACCGUGUUCAACCAACAAUACUUCGUCUGCGACUGGUGGUACAACGUGGAUUGCAGCAACUCUGAAAGCUUCUUUGAGCUCAACUCUCAAAUUGGACAAGCACCAGACGUGUCCAAUGUUCUCAAUGGAUACGCAGGACAGGCUUCCAAUGGCAUCAACAGUUAUGCAAGCCCUGGCGCAGGGUCUGCUAGUGGCAACGGGAACUCAAAUGGUGACUCUUACAGCAAUGGAGGUGGUCUAAAUGGUGCUGCUUCUGGUUACACCAAUGGCAAUGGUAGGAAUGGCAAUGGUGGCGCUUCUAAGGGCAGCAAUGGCUAUGGAAAUGGAGCAUCAAAUGGCAAUGGCUACUCAAAUGGUGGUGCAUCAAAUGGCAAUGGUUACUCAAAUGGUGGUGCAUCAAAUGGCAAUGGUUACUCAAAUGGUGCAACUUCAAAUGGCAAUGGCUACUCAAAUGGUGGUGCAUCAAGCAGCAAUGGUUUCUCAAAGGGAGGUGCAUCAAAUGGCAAUGGUUAUUCCAAUGGUGGUGCAUCAAAUGGUAAUGGUUAUUCCAAUGGAGGUGCAUCCAAUGGCAAUGGUUACUCAAAUGGCGGUGCAUCAAAUGGCAAUGGUUACUCAAAUGGUGGAGCAGCAAAUGGCAAUGGUUUCUCAAAGGGAGGUGCAUCAAAUGGCAAUGGUUAUUCCAAUGGUGGUGCAUCAAAUGGCAAUGGAUACUCAAAUGGUGGUGCAUCAAAUGGCAAUGGGUACUCAAAUGGUGGAGCAGCAAAUGGCAAUGGUUUCUCCAGCUCUGGGUCAGCCAGUGGAUUUGGAGCAUCAAAUGGCUACUCCAAUGGCGGAUCAAGCAAUGGAAAUGGUGCAUCACUUGCCAGUUAUGGAGUACCAACAAAUGGCAAUGGAUAUUCUAAUGGGGCAAGCAAUGGCAAGAAACCAUCAAAUGGAGGAGUCAGCAAUGGAAAUGGAUACUCAAAUGGAGGAGCAAAGUCCAAUGGUGGUUCCAAAAGUAAUGGAUAUUCAAAUGGUGGUGCCAAGGCUAAUGGACAAACCAAUGGUUAUUCAAAUGGAAAUGGGGCAAAGGCAAAUGGAUAUUCAAGCAGCAAUGGUGCUAAUACCAAUGGUUACUCUAAUGGCAAUGGAGCUAAAGCCAAUGGUGCCAAAUCUGGUGGGUACUCCAAUGGUAAUGGCAAUGGAGCCAAGGCUAAUGGCUACAAUGGAGCAAGCUCAAAUGGAUUCUCUAGUGCAGGAGGCAAUGGAAAUGGUUACUCCAACGGUGCCAAAAAUGGCAAUGGCUUCUCCAAUGGUGCAUCAAAAUCUAAUGGAUACUCCAAUGGUGCCUCUGCAGGAGGAAAUGGUUAUUCUAAUGGGGGUUCUCAAAGCAAUGGUUAUUCUAAUGGUGCUUCAGGAAGCAAUGGUUAUUCUAAUGGUGCAUCAGCUGCUGGAAGCAAUGGUUAUUCUAAUGGUGCAUCAGCUGCUGGAAGCAAUGGUUAUUCCAAUGGUGCCUCAGGAAGCAAUGGUUAUUCCAAUGGUGCCUCAGGAAGCAAUGGUUAUUCAAAUGGCGCAUCUGCUGCUGGAAGCAAUGGUUAUUCUAAGGGUGCAUCUGCUGCUGGAAGCAAUGGUUAUUCCAAUGGUGCAUCGGCUGCUGGAAGCAAUGGUUAUUCCAAUGGUGCCUCGGCUGCUGGAGGCAAUGGUUAUUCGAAUGGCGCAUCUGCGCUGGAAGCAAUGGUUAUUCCAAUGGUGCAUCUGCUGCUGGGAGCAAUGGUUAUUCCAAUGGUGCCUCUGGAAGCAAAGGUUAUUCAAAUGGUGCAUCUGCUGGGAGCAAUGGUGCCUCUGGAAGCAAUGGUUAUUCCAAUGGUGGAUCCAGCAGUAGCAAUGGAUACACAAAUGGAGCUUCUGCUGGAAAGGGAUACUCUAAUGGUGCAUCUACUGGCAAUGGCUAUUCAAAUGGUGCCUCAGCUAACAAAGGAAGUGGUGCCAGCAAUGGGAAUAAUGGUUACUCAAAUGGUGCUUCAAAUGGCAAUAGUUACUCAAAUGGUGCAUCCCUUGGGCAGAAUGGUGGAUCAAAAGCAAAAGCCAUUGAAUGGCAAUGGUCAAGCAUCAAGCUAUGGCGCCCCUUCAGCCAAUGGUAAUGGCUACUCAACUGGAGCAUCUGGAAAUGGAAAUGCAUUUUCUAAGGGCAAUGGUGGAUCAGCUGGUUAUUCAAAUGGAGGAUCCAAUGGUGCUGCGGGAUAUGCUAAUGGGAAUGGCGCCAAAAGUAAGAAUGGAUACUCAAAUGGUGCACCUGCACGCAAUGGAUAUUCUAAUGGUGCAUCCAAUGGCAAUGGAUAUUCUAAUGGUGCAUCCACUGGCAAUGGAUAUUCCAAUGGUGCAUCCACUGGCAGUGGAUACUCCAAUGGAGGAUUCAAUAGCUUUUCCAAUGGGGCUUCUAGUAGUGGCGUUUAUGCCAAUGGCGGAAAUGGAGCAAAAGCUUCAAAUGGUUACAGUUCCUUUGGAAAUGGUAACGGAAAUGGUGGCUACCAGAAUGGCGCCUCAUCUGGACAAGAGGGUGCAUAUGGUGCUCCAGCCCAGUCAAGUAAUGGCAAUGGAUAUUCCAAUGGCAAUGGUGCUGGUGUCUCCAAUGGCUAUGGUGCACCAUCUGCCAAUGGAAAUGGCGCAUCUCAACCAUCCCAAUCCUAUGGCGCCCCUGCUACCAACACUAAUGGUGCUUCCAAUGGAAAUGGUUAUUCCAAUGGUGGAUCCAAUGGUAAUGGGUACUCAAGCGCUCUUGGUUCAAAUGGCAAUGGUUUCUCUGGAUCCUCAAAUGGAAAAGGGUAUUCCAAUGGUGGUUCCAAUGGUGGUGCCAGCAAUGGUAAUGGAUACUCAAAUGGAGCAGCAUCCAAGGGAAGCAGCUUCUCCAAUGGGGCUUCAACUGGCAACGGAUAUUCCAAUGGUGGUUCUAACGGGAAUGGCUACUCAGAUGGUGCUCAAAAUGGGAAUGGUUAUGCAAAUGAAGCAGGUGGAGCUGCUCCUGAGGCCAGCUAUGGUCCUCCUGCAAGCAGCAAUGGCAAUUCCUACUCCGGAUGAUCUUAUCACUCUACUUAGCUUGCAAAAUAUUUGAUAGAUCCUCUAUAAGCACAGACCAUGUGGAUCUUUUACCACUGACAAUGUCUCCAUGCACUUCUUUUCUUUCUAUACCUCUUCUUUGGCUCAGCGUGCCAUAAUAUUGGUUUGUCCAAAAUGUGUCAAAAUGUGAACCUGUUUUUGCUGGCAAGUGAUGGUGUUGAUUUUAUGCUGUGUGUGUAUAGCAGGAAUCUUUCUACUGGGAAUUUUGUGGCAUUGUCUGCAGCAUGCAAUUACCUUUGAGAAAUUUCCAUGUAAAGACGUUUUUGUUGGUUAUAGUUAAUUUCCAUUGAGUUACCCAUGUCCAAGGAUAAGGAGACCCAUUGGAACUCAAACCAAUGAAAUUGUUGUCCUCUUCCAAUUUUUUUUUUUCAAUUUGUUCGCAGCUGACAGAUUUAUAUGUGUUUUAUUGUGUGGUAAAUGUCCUUUUCAUGUUGCCUCAGUUCUCCAAGUUUUCCAAGUUCAAAUAAUUUUGUGUUUAUGUUUUUAUGUCUACGUGUCCAUGUGUUUAAAGUGGUUACCACAAAAAGGAUUCGCGCUUCUGUGGGUUGCCAAGACAAAUUUGCUGUUGAGCUUUCUCAAGGUUUACCAGACUUUUCAGAAUUCUUGAACCCAUUUAUUUUUGGUAUUUGACCUAGUAUGAAGCAAAUUGGUUGUACAGUAGUUUGCUGCCGGAUUUCCAGCCCAUGGAAUUCAGGAGAACAAGUUAUUUUGAACCUGUAGAAAUGUUGUGCAUUGUAUAAACAGUUUUUAUGUACAUCCAUUUUUUGAACUAUGUUUUUCCAAUUUUUGAGAAGAUUGAAGAAUGAAACGACACGAAAAUGUUGAGCAA